AUGGGAGUUCAGCCUGAAAACAGCAAAGCUCCAGGCGUCGUCAGUAGCCCCAAAAGCUGUCGCACCUGUUACCGGAACAUCUUUUGCAAUAUCAAGGUGUUUGUGAUUUGCCAUGGCCUCCUCCAGUUAUUCCAGCUUCUUUACAGUGCUAACUUCAAGAGCAGCCUGACCACCAUUGAGAAGCGCUUUGGGCUCUCCAGUCUCUCUUCCGGCUUCAUCUCCAGCCUGCAUGAGAUUGGCAAUGUCGCCCUCAUCAUCUUCGUCAGCUACUUUGGCAAUCGAGUUCACCGCCCCCGGCUUAUCGGCUUGGGGGGCCUCCUGCUGGCCCUGGGGGCUUUCCUGGUGACCCUUCCACACUUCCUCUCUGACCGGUACGAGUUUGCCCAAAUGAACACGGGUAACAACAGUCACACCAAGGCCUAUCUCUGCCACAAGGAUGAUAUGUUUAUGUGUCCCAACACCACCCAGGACCCCCACAAAGAGGCAACCAGCAUGUGGACAUUGAUGGUCGUUGCCCAGCUGUUAGCUGGGAUUGGAACUGUUCCCAUUCAGCCCUUUGGGAUCUCCUAUGUGGAUGACUUUGCUGAGGCAAACAAUUCUCCGCUGUAUAUUGCAAUCCUGUUUUCCAUUGCCGUGUUCGGUCCGUCUUUUGGAUACUUGCUGGGGUCCGUGGUGCUGCGGCUGUUUGUGGACAUUGGGAGACCUGACGUGAAUCUCAUGAAUUUGACACCACAUGACCAACGCUGGAUUGGAGCCUGGUGGCUGGGGCUGCUCAUCUCUUCAGGCUGCCUGCUGCUCACCUCCAUUCCCUAUUUCUUCUUCCCUCGGUACAUGUUCAAAGGGCAGGAUGCGGGUGCCGAGGCAGACAUGCUGAAGAAGAUGGAGAAGGCAAAGGUUGAAGAAGUCUCCCUGACGGAGUUCAUUAAAAAAUUCCCUCGGAUCUUUCUCAAGCUGCUCCUCAACCCCCUCUUCAUCCUCCUGGUCCUGGCUCAGUGCUGCUUCUCCUCAGUAAUAGCUGGUCUCGCCACCUUCCUCAACAAGUUCCUGGAGAAACAGUAUGGCACCACCUCUUCCUAUGCCAACUUCCUCAUUGGAGCUGUGAACCUGCCCGCGGCCGCACUGGGGAUGCUUCUAGGAGGAAUUAUCAUGAAGCGCUUUGGCUUCUCCAUCAAAGCCAUCCCACGGUUUGCACUGGUGGUGCUCCUCAUCUCCAUCCUCUGCUGCCUCCCCAUCUUCUUCAUGGGCUGCCCUACACAGACCAUUGAUGGGAUUUAUCCACCCAGUACAUCAAGUUCCCAAUCACAAGCUAAGUGCCCCACUGGGUGCUCCUGCUCAGAGAACCUCUUUCACCCAGUCUGUGGAGACAAUAAUGUGGAGUAUAUCUCCCCCUGCGAUGCUGGCUGUACGGAUUCUGUUGUUAAUUCCUCCACGCCCAAGCACGUGAUCUACGUGAACUGCUCCUGUAUCCACACCAAGAAUGGACAGUCCUCAGCAAAGACAGGUUCCUGUCAGGUCAGCUGUUCCCAUUUACUUCUUCCUGUCAUAUUCCUCAUCUCGUGUGCUGCGCUGAUAGCCUGCCUGUCUCACAAUCCCCUCUACAUGAUGGUAUUACGGUUGGUGAACCAGGAUGAAAAGUCAUUUGCUAUUGGAGUCCAAUUCUUACUGAUGAGACUGUUAGCCUGGUUGCCUGCUCCAGCUCUCUUUGGUGUCAUCAUUGACUCCUCCUGCCUCCACUGGAAUAAGCAAUGCAGCAAGCGAGGAUUCUGCGCCUACUACAACAACGACUUCCUUCGUAGCAGAUACAUAGGCCUCCAGAUAGGGUAUAAACUCCUUGGCAUUCUGCUGCUAGUCAUCAUCAACUGGCGGGUGAAGAAGAACAAGGAAUACAAUGUGCAAGAGAAGGCAGCUGGCCUGGUCUAG